AUGGCCAUGGGAUUCUUGUGGAACCGAAUACGGCUCCUAAAGACCUACGUACAGUACUCAGCGCAUAUUGAUCUUGGCUCAUCAAGAAAAAGUGGUGUGCCAACCACUGUUGAAACAUCCGCUUCUUCUGCGGAGCCGCAAGAGGGACAAAACGAAAUUAUUGUUAAAGGUCAUGGGGAACAAGGGCUUUCAUACACGGUAGAGCCACUGAUAUGUGGCCAGCUCAUUGGGCAUGGCAGGAGACUACAGCAAGAGCAAUGUCCCAACUCGGACUCGUUCCUUUCUAGAACUCCAGGGAUCGACUUCGGCGGACAGGGGCAACGACCGAGUUUUUCAUCGAAAUUCCCCCUAGUUCUGCACCUAAAUUCCCCAGUCCCCGGGCCCGGAGCCCCUAAAGGUUUUAAGGCGAGGACAUUGGUCAAGUUAUACGCCUUUUGCCUUAGCCAUUAUCUGCCUUGA